GGCAAGUGAAAGAUGCAAGUUUCAUUGCCAAUAUCUUGAUAGAAUGCAUUGACAUGGUGGGGCCUCAAAAUGUUGUCCAAGUUGUAACUGACAAUGCUAAAAAUUGUAGGGCAGCAGGGACUAUAGUGGAGGCUACAUAUGGUCACAUCUUUUGGACACCAUGCGCAGUACACUCACUCAAUUUAAUCAUGCAAAAGCUUGGCACACAAAUUGAUUGGGUGAAAAAACUAUAUGCGGAGGGCGAGGAGAUUCAAAUGUUUGUGACUAAUCAUCAUAUGUCACAAGCCAUUUUCAGGACCUUCUCCAAGUUGGAGUUGUUGAAGGUUGCUGAAACACGAUUUGCAUCUCACACGCUCGUCUUAAGACGACUUCUGAAGGUGCGAGACGCCUUGAGUUCUAUGGUCAUCAACAGCUUGUGGAGUGUAUGGAAGCAGUCCCACACAGAAAGAGCUCUAAAAGUAAGAGCAUUGAUCCUUAGUGAGAAAUGGUGGGAUGAUGUGGAAUAUGUUUUGAAUUUCACUGAGCCCAUCAUGAGCAUGAUCAGGUAUGCUGAUACUGAUCGCCCAUGUUUGGGCAAGAUUUAUGAUGGCAUGGAUUGCAUGGUGGAAAAAAUAAAAGAAGUAAUAAAUAGAAAAGAAAAUGACCCAACGGAAACAUUUUUCAAAGUUGUGCAGAAAAUUGUUGUUGACCGUUGGAACAAGAUGACCACCCCCUUACAUCUCUUAGCAUUUGCUUUGACGCCAAAAUUUUAUAGUGCAAAGAUGCUUGCAACACCAAGGAGGGUGCCACCAUAUAGAGAUGCAGAGGUUGCUUCUGGCUAUAGGGCUGCCUUUAAAAAGAUAUAUCAAGAUGAGGAGACAAGAAAUAUUGUCAUGAGGGAGUUUGGCCAAUUUGUAUCUGCAAAAAAUCAUGAUGUUGUAGCUCUUAAUGCUAGAUAUGGGAUGGAUGCUGAUGAGUGGUGGUAUGUACAUGGUCAAGGCUCCAUUUACUUGCAGCCUCUUGCAAUUAAACUUAACUCCCAAGUUGCAAGUUCUUCUUCAGCUGAGCGGAAUUGGAGUACAUACUCCUUCAUCCACUCAGUCAAACGUAAUCGUUUGGGUGCAAAGAAAGCUGAGGAUUUGGUCUACGUACACUCCAACCUUCGUUUGUUGUCACAUAAGGACCCUGAAUAUAGUGAGGGUGUAACAAGGAAUUGGGAUCUAGCCCCUGAGUGUGCUGAUUUAGAUGCUACAGUUGCACAACUUUGCCAAGUCUCUAUAGACGAGGCGGUUAUGGAAUUUGAGAGAGACAUAGCUAGUGGGAGUGGCAUUCCAUUUGAUAUUGGUUCAAUUGAUGUUGAAUUUGAACCACUUGAUGACCGUGAGCUUGGGUUGGAUGCUUCAGAUGAAGAUGAAUAUGGAAUUUAAAUCCCAUAGAUGGCUUGUAAUUUGAAUGUUUAACUUUAUACUUUAUUGUGUCAUGACAUUUUCACAUUUUGAAACU